UAAGCGCUAGAUGCGUCUGUACCGCUGAACAAAUACACGGUACUGGCCAAGGGGACAGUUUUAAAGAUAAAGAUAUUUCAGUCUGCGUUACAGUUAAAUUAUAUGAAUCUUCUCUUUCAGUAUUUAUCUGCUUUUAACGAUCUUCUUUAAAGUUUUCAGAAAAGCAUCAGAGAAUACAGAGUGACACUGAGAAAAAGGAAUACAUGACUUUAUAUAGAGAAAGAGCCGCCUCGAAUGUUAAAGGGGGGCUUGGUGACGACGACAAUCACAGACCAAAGAGCAAGCACACAGGCGACAUGACGGGCAGAGAAGCUUGGUGGAGAUGUACCUUGAAGGAUUCUCCCAACCCAGGGAGCUACCACAUCCGGGACUUUAUGGAAGAGGCCGAGCUGAACCCUGUCCGGGUGACGUAUGGGUUUGGCGGCCAGGGCAGGAAGGUGCCCGUGCACUGUGGGCGCCAGGGGAAGCUGCUCCUGCCGGGGGCCUACGAGAACAUUGGCUCCAUCCAGGAGGCUCUCAAGCGGCCUGCCUCCUAUGUCUUCAAGAGCUGUCCCCGGCCACAGAUCCACACGCUGGGCAUCAGAGACAAGGACGUCGACCUCUCACCGUGUCACUACGACGUGACAGAGAAACCUGUUCCCAAACUACCCAGCAAGCAUCCGAUGUUUCGCUCAACUGUGAAGCGCGCCCCCCCACCCCCGAGAGAAGGACCGGGCCCCGGACACUACGACUUGAGGGUUCAACCCAGCCGUGGCAUCACUUCCUGUUUCCUGUCUACGGUGCCACGCCUUCAUAACGUACCCUUGAAAACUCCCGGGCCAGGAGCGUAUGAGCCGGCAUUGUCGAUGGGCAGGCGGUUCACAGCAGGGCCUACCAGGGCACAAAGCUGCAGCCUCCUCUUCCGUGGCGUCUGACCCAUACAGGAUCUGAGCAGGAUGUCCGCCUUGCUAGCUGCCUCUCUCUUCAGCACCAAUAACGUUAAGGUUCUCUCCUUACCCAGGAAGUAAAUGACUGGAAAAAAAAAUCUAUGGAGUGGAAUUAGUGUUUUCACACAAUGCAAAACAUACAUGCCACUGCCUUCCCCUGCACAUUCUGACAUGAAAACACGGAUAAAAUACCACAAAACCGCCUUGCAUGCAACCUCAAAUCUGGCUUUAAAAUGCACAUGCAUGAAAUGUAUGUUUAAGUGUCAACAUACGCAAACAAGGCAAACAGACAACCGUGAGAUCUUAACCCUACAUUUGAAUGGAGUGUGAUAACAGACUGUACCAAACCCAAAACUAUUUCUAAAAAUGCUCUGUAGGCAUCAGGGUUGUUAGUGCAACACAGCCGGAUACAAUGAUUUCUUAAUCCAGUCAUUCUCCCUCCCUGGUUAAUGGCGGUUGUUAUGCACUCGUGAGGGCAAAGCUGGUUUGUUAUUACACCCCAGAGUGAGGCAUUGUGCGGCCUGCUCAGCUAUUCACUGAAGCACAAUGAGCUCAGUGUCACAGCAGACACACUCGCUGGGACCGUACACAAACACCGGUCACCACCCGGUGACACGACUGACCCGGGGUAAAAUAACCCGGCCGUGAGCAGGGAUAGGUGCUUCCCACUGCAUUUUUGAGUCUGGAACUAUGGAGUAAUUCACUGCAGGCAGUGGCCCACAAACACCGCCCUGGCUUCAAUAAAAUCACCCAAGGUCUGCAGAGAUUAAUGUAGCCGCGGUUUUCC